AGACAGCCAAGAUGGGAGACAGCUUCCACGAGCAGUUACAGUUGGACAGCUGGUUCCUCAGGUCCGAUCGGCGCCUGGACACCGAACUGGUGGAUAAACUCAUUCUGCAGCUCAACAGAAUCUACCCUCAGAUCCUGAGCGACAAGGAGGCCACCAAGUUUCGGGACCUGGACGUGCCCACGUGUGUGCGGCUGGGCGAGCUGAUGGCUCACCUCCAGGAGAAAGGUGAAGAAGCAUGUCGAGAGUUCUACCGGGCUCUUCACCUGCACGUGGAGGAGGUUUACUUCAGCCUCCCGUCACGUCUCAACCGCCGCAGGGCCGAGUCUGUGGAUCCAUCAGUGAUUCCAGCCAUCAGACCCACAGAGAGACACGUGCUGAACGAGCAGGGUCCGUUGUUCUUCCUCGGCUGUUUCAGUGCAGUUUUGGGAGCAGCUUUAUUGUAUUACUAUGGAGAGUUAAAGACGGCGUCAGGUCCGAGCAGUGCUCUGGGUUUUGCCACUCUUGGGAUUGGAAGAAAAGUGCGUGAGGUUCUAAUCUGGUACACAGAGGACGGGAUGAGCAGAUAACCCAUAGUGUUACUGUUUUACUGUUUUAAUGAUGAUACUCCGAUUAGCCUUGAAACAAGUUUAAGUGCCUCGUUAUAUCCGAGUUUUUAUUGACCACGCUGUACAUACUGUAAGUACUGUUUUUAUCUCUGACAACAAGCCCAAAGGUCCUUCAAUUCCACAUUUUUAAGGGUUCAAUUCAUAAUUCUAAUAAUUUACUGGUUGUUUACAUACAAGAUAAUUAUUCGGGCAUUUACAUUUAUUACCUGCAAUAAUAAUUUUAUUCUAAUGUCAGUUCACCUCGGCAGCUUAUAGGAUUCAAUCAAGCAUGGCAAGCAUUUAGCUUGAUAUUUAUUUUAUUUUCUUUAACGUUGUACCUCUCUUUAUAGCUACGACUCUUCUGAGGCAUCAGUGCCUUUUUGGUAUUUUGAAUUUUUACCUUGCUUGGCCUUGUACAUCAGCAGAAUGUGUGCAGAAAUGUACACGCCAGAUUCAAAAUACAUGUAUUAAGCCACUAAAUUAAAGAUAGAGGUCAGUAGAGGAGGAUGGUAUUAAAACCAUGAAUUUUAGCUUACAUUUCAAAUAAACCCUUAGGCUUGUUCAAAUUGUAGCUUCGUGACAAGUCACAUUUCAAUUAAAUUUCACUUUUGACUCUUAUAAUCCGACUAAAUUAAAAAACAUAAACAUAAAUGGACUUACUGUUACAUGUAAUCAUUUUAUUUCAGUUAUAUUCUUUCCCUGUGGGUGAAUGAACCUGUGGAACACACAGUGCCCAUAAAAACCAUCAACAUUCAGAAAUUUAGUGGACAGUUGUUUAGUUGAGGGGCCAAAACAAUGAAUCCAGUACUAUUGGUAUAAAUGCUGCAUAUAUCUGACAUGAGAGAUUUAUUCAACCACACCAAAACAUCCAAAUAAAUGACAAAUAAUGAAUAAACGAAGGGUAAGAGCAGUCAAAUGUGUAUAAAAGUCAGUCAUGGGAACCCUGCAUUUUGUGAUUAUGCAGAAAUAUUCAAAUGCAUUUUUAAAGCCCUUGUUGCUAAAAUGCUAAUCGCUAAUUGCUCCACAUCCAUUCUCAAUAUUCUCUUAGACAAGAGCAGCACCUUCUGUAACACAUUUUAAUCCUAUUAAGAGUUCAAAUAUGCAGAUAUUUACCAUGUUUAUUUUUAUAUUAGUAAUAUUGUAGUAUUGUCACUUUAAUCCUGUGCUAAGAGCUAACUCAUACAAGCUAAAUUGCGACGGUUCUCAGAUUUGGUCGCCUCAGAGGUAGAUGAGAACACAAAAUUGUCUAAAAACUGAAUAAAAACUUUAAUUCUCAAGAAUUUUUUUGAAGUUAUCAAAUAUACACUACAAUAUACAAACAAUACAUUUCAUUUAGAAGGUUUUUUAAUCACCAUUUAACUAGAGGAAGCCUUAGUGUCCACUUUCUUUUAGGUCUAUUGGGUUUGUUUGGGACAAAUGAAAAGGCUCCUCACUGUAAAGUCCACAUUAUUUUUGUAUUUGUAAGAGAAAUACGGUUAAAUGUGUGAACGUGUGUAAACUAUGCAGUGCAAUAUUACAUCUGCAUGAUACAUUUGUAAUGAUAUUCAUCAUAAAAUCAUUAUUCUGUGGAAUAAAUAAAAUGUCAAGAUUAAAUUAAAGAAUUUAAAAAGGGUUAACUGGCCAAAGCAAGGCUGGAAAAUCGCUUUACUAAAGUUUUUUUUUGAGUAAAUCCAUAGUAAUGGCUUGGCUGGUGUAAAUGCAGAUAAUGUUAAUAAAUGAUUUGGAUUUUGCAGGAUUCUUGUAAGUUGGUUCACUCUGAGCUUCUUCUGUAACUGACUGGAAUAAAUGUUGGAUUUCUGAGGUGUUUAUGGAUUUAAUUUAUCUAACGCACAAUGAAAUGCAAAACUGCCACAAGUGCCUAAAUGUAUAAAACUCUGAUAUUAAGUGUAUAAAGUGCCUUACCUUUUAUAGUACAAACAAUAAACCACUCAAACAACUUCA